AUGGACGAAAGUAAUAUUCCCAUAGAUAUUAAUAUAGGGAAGCUUCAGGAUUGGCUUGUUAGUCGACGUCAUGUGAAUAAAGAUUGGCAGAAGAAUAUUAUACAUGUGAGAGAAAAAAUAAAUAAUGCCAUACAGGAUAUGCCCGCUCACGAUGGCAUCGCUGCUUUAUUAUCUGGAAGCUACAUAAACUACUUUCACUGCCUGAAGAUUAUCGAAAUACUCAAAGAAACGGAGGCCGACACUAAAAACCUAUUUGGCAGGUAUGGGUCACAAAGAAUGAAAGACUGGCAGGAUGUGAUAAAGAGUUACGAAAAAGAUAACAUCUAUUUGGGAGAAGCGGCUCAAUUGUUUGUGAGAAAUAUAAAUUACGAGAUUCCAAGCCUUAAGAAACAAAUCGCUAAGGAGGAACAGAUUGAGAUGGAAUGUGAAAAGAAACGAGCUGAUUAUAUAAAGAAUGAAGCAUCAUCUAAAUCAGAGUUCCUGGUACUCUGUAGACAACUCGGUAUUAAAGGUGAUAAGAUAAAAAGGGAACUUGUGGAGAGGCUUCAAGAACUACCAGAUAUUUAUGAUAAGAUUGGAAAAUCAUUGAAACCAAUACAGCCAGCCAUAGAUUUGUAUUCUGCAUUCACUAAAUAUAUUGUCGGUGAGCAAUCCGAGCCUGUCCUACAAUUAUUACAGUAUGUUGUUGAACAUGGUAAUACCACAGUGUACGAGUGGACUUACGGAGAACCUCCAUUGAGUAUUGAACCUGAUCCCAUACAUAUUGAAUAUGAGGACGAGCAAGGAGCUGGUGAUGGAGAUCAGAUUGAUUUUGGAGAUACUGCAAUAGAUUUCGGCGCCGAUCCUGGUGUUGAAAUAGAUUUUGGUGAUGGUGAUGCAAGCAAGGAAAUAGAUUGGGGCAACAUCGAGUUGGACACAGGAAAUGUGGAUGUAUCAGCGGAUAUAGCAGCCAUAUCUCUUGAUGAGGCUGGUAUAGUGCUUGAAGAGCAGGGCGUGUGUGGAGGGACAGCAAGAGGCACGGAUGCAUUAACAUUACUUGAUCACACCACUACAAGGAGACAAGUUAUCGACCAACUCGUUGAGUUGGAAUCCUUCUUGAAGAUGCGUUUAUACGAGACAAAUGCUGCUAACGAGAGUCUUAGUUUCUCGCUCAUAGACCAACUACCCACAGAGAGUGAGGCUGCUUUAUCCGCUAUGUUGGCCUCUGUGCACAGUGUAACCAGUACUCUACUUGCACCUGAGAUUAGUCAUCUGCAUAACGUGAAGCAUUCACCUAGGUAUGUGGAUGUGUUGACAAGUCAGUUACAACAGAAGCUGUCUCUGUGCUCCAAGUUAUCUAGGUUGGCGGAGAGGGAGGAGGAUAGAAAAGGGGCUGCGGCCGCGAGGGCGAAGUCCCUGCGACCAGCUCUCACAAAGAUAGUUGAACGUACUAAGGAAUUACAGCAAGAGGUACAUAUAUAUACUACAAACAUUUCUUGA